AUGUUGGUGAAAUUUUUUAAAAGUAAUAUUUAUAAUAAUAUUCAAUUCACAAAGAUGGUUAAAAAUUCAAGUGCAUGCGACACGCGAUGUCAGUUGUUAUUCACUGAGGCAAUAAACACAGAAAAUUCAUCCAGACUUAAUUGGUUCAGGAAGAACCAACAACGGUUAAUCGAUAAUUUAGGCAGCCAAAAGUUGGUCGGCAAAGCUAAGGCUCAAAUAGCUGAACAGGAAGAGAAGCGUCGGAAACGCCUUGAGGCCGAACGUAACGAGAAACAGCAAAAGUUUACUGGACCUCCGAACUGGCGACCCGCCAUUGAUGGUGCAUUGAAUUUAGAUUAUAUGAGACCUAUAGAGCCCAGCGUAUCGAACUUGUUAUACGAAAAAGGAAUGCCCAGUUAUGAAGCGAGAAAGAAUUAUCUCAACGAAAGGUAUGAAAAGAUGUUGGAAGAUCGUUAUUACUAUCUUUAUGGUAGCAGCUGGGUUUACGGUUGGCGUUUUAAAGAUUUCCCACCCGUGCAAGCUACAAAAUUGGGUAAACGUCAAAUAAUUCAGGCUUCGUUUUACCGUCGAAACGCUUCGAGCCUGCAACGUGAUCCAAAUUGGUAUAAAAUUUGCCAAACUGGAAAUCCAAAGAAUUAUAAUGACGUUUUAACGUACUGA